AUUUCAGUCAUGUGAUAUCUUGCAAUGCUUUUACUUACGAGAAAUGAACCUGUUUGAUAAAGUGAAAGAUAGGCUUCUAAAUGUUAAAUAUGAAUUAUCAGCUAGUCACCUAGACCUAAAUUCGACUAAAGAUCGCACGUUCUUUUCGACUGGUCAAAAGACUAUCAAUUACAAUGCUGGAGCUGAUCUAUUCGAACGCUAUCACAACGACUGGGAAGCAAUUCAUAAACGAACCGAAGAAAGCGUUCGGUCAGCUGAGACGAUAGAAAAGCAAAUAAACCAAGUUUGCGAUAUUGUUAAACUUGAAUAUACAGCUGUAGACAAUCUAUAUACUGAAUUAAACGUUUUGCCUGAACUGAAUGAACAAUUAUCCGCAAGUGUUGACCUUGCAAAAAGCUUAUGCAUAACGCUUCGAUCUGUAGAAGCUUCUUUAAAUAAAUUAGAAAAUAUCUGCGAGGAAGAGGAAUUGAUGAAAAAUAAACAGCUGCACAGACAAAGAUUGGAUUCAUAUAAACGUAAAAAAUACCAGCAGUUAGAGCGGUCCAAGUCAAUGUUGGCAACGAGACACGCAAAAAUCGUCAAAGAACACGAAAAGCGUCAAAUGAAAGUAUUGAAAGAACGACAGGAAGAGUACGGCUUAGCUUUUGAGGAGCAAAUACGCCAAUAUCAACAGUACGGAAACGCGUAUGAAACGUCAUUGUCUGGACAUCAAUUGACAGUGGACGUUGGGGAUAUUUGUCCGGAAGAUGAUACAGAAGCACUUAAUGAAUUCCUAGCAUCAACAGAAGAACAAGCCUCAACAAUAGUCUCAGAAGAGAAAUUAGAAAGCGAUGAUGAUACUUGA